CCCUGGGGGGCGGGAAUUUGACUCUUCGCUCCUCCUCAUACCGAGGCCGGACCACACUCAACCCCCGGUCCGGGGACCCGGACCUUCCGCAGCGAGAGAACAGUCACGGUCAGCGACGAAUAUCAAGAGAACGCGAGCCAGAGUAUGACACUCUUCAUGUUGCCAUUGGUACCACCUCCUCCAGCUAUCCAAAGGAAUUGAUUAUAGGACAGACGACUUAAAGCCCUUUUGACACAUAAACGUCCAAUUCCUCCCAAUGUAAAACGUGGCUCUUUAUAUGAAGGUAAAAGGCCUUGUGUGGAGAGUAAUGACCGCACGUUUCCGAUUGCCUGCUGGCAGAACCUACAAUGUACGCGCGUCCGAGCAGGCACGAGAUAGACAGAGCACAGAGGUGGUCUGCAAUAUCCUUCUCCUGGAUAACACUGUACAAACUUUCCGUGUAAAUAAACAUGAUCAUGGACAAGUUCUUUUAGAUUUAGUCUUCAGUUACCUUGAUUUAACAGAAAGAGACUAUUUUGGAUUGCAGCUGGCUGAUAAUUCCUGCGAUAAUCCUUGGUGGCUGGAUCCCAAUAAGCCAAUUCGAAAACAACUGAAAAGGGGAUCGCCAUAUAACCUGAACUUUAGAGUAAAGUUUUUUGUGUGUGACCCUAGCAAGCUGCAAGAGGAGUAUACAAGGUACCAGUAUUUUUUGCAGAUAAAACAAGACAUCCUCACAGGGAGGUUACCAUGUCCUUAUAAUACUGCUGCGCUGUUGGCAUCAUAUUCAGUUCAAUCUGAAUUAGGUGACUACAGUAUUUCAGAACACUUGCCUGGUUAUCUUGCUGACAUCUCUUUCAUUCCAAACCAACUUCAAGACUUUGUGAAAGAAAUAGCAAAACUUCAUCAGCAGCAUAGGUUGAAGAUUGUAAAAAUUUCUUUUAAGUGUAAACAAUUUUUUAUUCAGCUUCGCAAAGAAUUGAAUGAAUAUCGAGAAACUCUGCUAGGCUUCAACAUGGUCAAUUACAGAGCCUGCAAAAAUCUAUGGAAAGCUUGUGUAGAACAUCACACUUUUUUCCGCAUGGACUCCCCUCUUCCCCCUCAGAAGAACUUCUUUGCACAUUAUUUUACUCUGGGUUCAAAAUUCCGUUACUGUGGAAGGACUGAGGUCCAGUCUGUGCAAUAUGGAAAGGAAAAAGCAAACAAAGACAGGGUAUUUGCUAGAUCUCCAAGCAAACCGUUGUCACGAAAACUUGUCAAUAACAUGGACUGGGAAGUAGUAAGCAGGAACUCUUUGUCUAAUGAGAGAUUGGAAACACAAAGUCUGCCUUCUCGAUCUCCUCCUGGGUCACCCAAUCACCGUAAUUCCACGUUUAAGCAGGAGGGAACACGUCUCCGUCCAUCUUCUGUUGGACAUUUGGUAGACCAUGUGAUUCACACCUCUCAAGUGGAAGCCUUCAAUAACCACAGAUCUCCUUCCUCUACCCAGGCCAACAGCAUUAUACUGGACUCUCCAAAGUCUCAGAACAAUGCCAUAGAUGCACCACCACCUGCGCUGCCACCGAAACAAUCUAAAAAAAACAGUUUGAACCACUCUAACUCCCAACUAGAUCUGGAAGACCACAUCAACGAACCAUUUGAUUGUUCUUGGACUCCUGAAAAAUCUACUCCGAAUGGUCUUGUGCCACAUGAUAAUCUUGUGUUGAUAAGAAUGAGGCCAGAUGAAAAUGGACGAUUUGGCUUCAAUGUAAAGGGUGGCUUUGAUCAGAAAAUGCCCGUCAUAGUAUCCAGGGUUGCUCCAGGAACAUCAGCUGAUCUGUGUGUUCCCCGUCUUAAUGAAGGAGAUCAGGUUGUAUUAAUUAAUGGAAGAGACAUAUCAGAGCACACUCAUGACCAAGUAGUCAUGUUCAUCAAAGCAAGCUGUGAGAUGCACUCAGGGGAGCUUGUUCUGCUGGUCCGACCUAAUGCUGUUUAUGACCUAGUGGAGGAAAGACUGGAGAAUGAACCUGAUUUCCAGUACAUCCCAGAGAAGUCAUCCAUGGAUGGUAGUCAUUCAGAAGAUGCUCUGAGUGAAUCAAUGAUUCAGCUGGCAGACGGUCUAGUAAAUGGAACAGUCCUUGCUCAGUUUGAUCAGUUGUACAGAAGAAAGCCUGGGAUGACCAUGUCGUGUGCCAGAUUACCUCAAAAUAUUUCCAAAAAUAGAUACAGGGAUAUAUCACCUUAUGAUGCUACACGGGUGAUUUUGAAAGGUGGUGAUGAUUACAUCAAUGCAAACUAUAUCAAUAUGGAAAUCCCUUCUUCCUGUAUAAUCAAUCGGUACAUUGCAUGCCAAGGACCUCUUCCGAACACCUGUCCGGACUUCUGGCAAAUGAUCUGGGAACAAGGCUCCUCCUUGGUGGUAAUGCUGACCACUCAAGUGGAGCGUGGUAGAGUAAAAUGCCACCAGUAUUGGCCAGAGUCCACAAGUAGCUCAUCAUUUGGAAACUUCCAAAUUUCCUGCCAUUCAGAGGCUGAAAACCCAGCAUAUGUUUUUCGAGACAUGACACUGACUAACUUGGAGAAAAAUGAAAGUCGACCACUUACCCAGAUUCAAUACAUUGCAUGGCCGGACCAUGGUGUACCAGAUGAUUCAAGUGACUUCCUAGAUUUUGUAUGUCUUGUACGGCAAAAGAGGUCUGACAGAAAUGAACCAGUCAUCGUCCAUUGCAGUGCUGGGAUUGGUCGGACAGGAGUACUCAUCACAAUGGAAACAGCAAUGUGUUUGAUGGAGUGUAACCAGGCUGUGUAUCCACUAGACAUUGUUAGAACAAUGAGAGACCAGAGGGCGAUGAUGAUCCAAACACCGAGUCAAUACAGAUUUGUGUGUGAAGCAAUCUUGAAGGUAUCCAAAGAAGGAUUAGUCAAACCAUUAAGAAACGUCACUUCAUAAGUAUUGUGUGUGAGCUUGGGAUAUAAAUGAAGGAAUACCAUCAAACAUCUGAAGCUAGGACCAGCGGCUCUUGGAACACCAGCUCAUCCUGCAGGUUGCGGUGGUCCAGGCCAGGAGUUAAAGGACUUUGAAACUUCAGCACUGCUGCACUUUAUGUUGAAACAAACACAAGAAUAAUAGAUCUCUGAAACUACA